AAUCAAACUAGUUCACAAGCUUAAACAUAGCUGCAUUUUCUAUAAAUAUAUAUAUAAAAAUUACACUAGAGAGUAAAAAAGCAGCAGUACAUGCAUGCACAUGUGUAUAUGUAUGUCAAAUAUUAUUAUGUGUAUCAAAACAGUUUUAAGUUGGACAGAGUGAAAAAAAAAAAAAGAGAAAAAGAAUUAGCUGCUAGAUUUUUGGACCACAUAACAUGGUGUCAUAUACGGUCUAAAACUUUAAAAAAUAAAAUAAUAGACAAAAGAAAGUGAGAGAUAACUAGGAAGAAUCUAGUUAAAAAAACAAAAGAACAUGUAAUGUAACACUACCAGAUUAUUGCCACACACAAAGAAAAACCCUUCAAAAACCUUUUUCAUUUUUUCUCUUCUCCACCACAUUUCAACCAACAAAAACAGAACACGUGUCAUCAUCACACAUCAUAGUGAACUUUUAAAAACAUUCAUCACUAUAAAAUUAAGACUCCUCUGCUCCAAUUAUUUCGUACUACAUAUAUAUAAUAUAACUCACUACUACUCUCCCUCUGUUAUAAUUUUUCAGAACAAGCUAUAUACAAAGAAGGAAAAAGAAUCAACCAAUGGAGAUAAUUCGUGGGCUGUUACUAAUUUUUUGGAUGAUUGUUAUUAUUAACAAUGUAGAAGGAAGAUUUCAUUACCACAAGAAGCAAAACAAGAACAACAAUGAAUCCCCAACACCUUCAGCUUCAGUUGUGCCAUCAGACCCUUCUUCUUCUCCUCCUCCUUCAUCAUCACCAGUAGUAGUACCUUCAGACCCUUAUGUAAACAACCCUGCUCCAGCACCAGAGGAUGAUGAUACGACAACAGGAGGGGGAGAUAAUUGUACGACAUUCGAUGUUAUGUCGUUUGGUGCAGUUGGAGAUGGUGUGGCAGACGACACUGCAGCCUUUAAAGAGGCAUGGAAAGCUGCCUGUGGUGUUGAAUCCGGUGUCGUUUUGGCCCCUGCUGAUUAUUGUUUUAAAAUUACUUCUACUAUCUUUUCUGGACCCUGCAGCCCUGGAUUAAUGUUCCAAGUAGAUGGGGUAUUAAUGACACCAGAUGGACCAGAGGAAUGGCCUAAAGCAGAUAGCCUUAAGCAAUGGCUUGUGUUUUACAGACUGGAUAAUAUGAGUUUCACAGGAACUGGUACUAUUCAAGGCAAUGGAGAAAAGUGGUGGGAUCUCCCUUGCAAACCUCACAGGGGUCCAAAUGGAUCAACAAAGUCAGGACCAUGUGAUAGCCCAGCUUUAAUACGAUUCUUCAUGAGCAACAACUUGGUUGUAAAAGGGCUUAGCAUAAAAAACAGUCCAAUGUUUCACAUGAAAUUCGAUGGGUGUGAAGGUGUGCUAAUUGAUGGGAUAUCCAUUUCAUCACCAAAGCUAAGCCCAAACACUGAUGGGAUCCACAUAGAGAAUACUAAAUCGGUGGGGAUAUACAACUCAAUGAUAGCCAAUGGUGAUGACUGCAUUUCUAUUGGUACUGGAUGCUCUGACGUGGACAUUGAAGGUGUGACCUGUGGCCCAAGUCACGGGAUUAGCAUUGGGAGCUUAGGAGUGCAUAACUCACAAGCAUGUGUAUCAAACAUAUCAGUUCGAAACGUAAUGAUAAGAGAAUCAGACAACGGCCUAAGAAUCAAGACAUGGCAAGGUGGUACGGGUUCAGUGAGUAACAUACUAUUCGAGAAUAUUGAAAUGGAGAAUGUGAGAAACUGCAUCAAUGUUGACCAAUACUACUGUCUAUCCAAGGCUGAUUGUCUUAAUCAAACCUCAGCUGUGUACGUAAACGACAUCCAAUAUCGAACCAUUAAAGGCACAUACGACGUACGGACAACCCCAAUUCACUUUGCUUGUAGUGAUGCUGUGGCUUGCACUAACAUCACUAUGUCCGAUGUUGAGUUGUUGCCACACGAGGGACAGUUGCUUGAAGACCCCUUUUGUUGGAAUGCUUAUGGUACUCAACAAACUCUUACUAUUCCUCCAAUUAAUUGUUUGCAAGAUGGGGAGGCUCAAACUCUAGCUGAACCCCAUAAAUAUACUUGCAAUAAUUAAUUCAUUCAUUAUAAAAUAUAUAUUUAUUUAUUUAGGGGGGGUUACAAACUUACAAUAUAUAUAUAUGUGUGUGUGUGUGGUAUAAUUACUUGUAUUUGUAUAGAGAGAUCGGCUGAAGAGAUCACUUAUUGGGGUAUGUGAUAUUAUUAUUAUUAUUAGGCGCUCCAUCCCUGUUUGGGUCUUAUAUAUAAGGACCUCUUAUUGUGUGAUGAGGAUGAUGAUGAUGAUGAUGAUAUAUGUCAAUUUAUUAAAUUGGGUAUUAUUGUAAUUUUUAAUGAUAUAUAUAUAUGAAGUUUUGAUUUAUUAGUAAA